AUGUCUCAACCUACAGAAAAGCUAGUAUUGUCAACCGAGUGUGUCCCGGAUGAGAUCAUAUUCGAUGUACUAACUCGGUUGCCAGUAAAAUCUUUAAUCCGAUUCAGGGACGGCAUAUUGACUGAGAUUUCUAGAUUUAAAACCCCAUUUUGCUUUUUGGAUGCUUACUUCGUCGAUUGCUUUUGUAAAGGCAUCUUCUGCCUUAGUAGCUAUAAUGAUAAUUCUAUAAUAUGUUUGUGGAAUCCAAACAUUAGGAAGUUUAGGAUGCUUGUUCCUGCUAUUUUGGCUGACCCUCUUGAUUUUGUCACCCUUAGACUUGCCUAUAAUUCUCAAAGCAAUGAUUUCAAGAUUCUCAGACUUGUGUGUUUUCAAAAGUCUCCUGAAGAGCCAGAUGGCCCAGAUCGAUCAGCUGAGGCCGAGGUUUACACAUUGAGUACGGAUUCGUGGAGAAAGGUUGUAAUAUCGGUGGAUUCAUCCGAAACCAACAUUGGAUAUGUUUAUCAUACUUCAUCGUGUAUAUUUUUUAAUGGAGCACUUCACUUUAUAGCAUGUACUAACAACGGCCCUUUCAUUUUGUCCUUUGAAGUCAAUGAUGAGAGAUUCCAUAAGAUAAUGUUGCCUCAGGAUUUCUUAGAUGGAUACCAAGGAUGUCUUGCGGUGUUCAAGGGAUUGCUGGCUUUUAUUGUUUUGUCUCGUGAUAUAGCUAAUAAUGAUCACAUAUGCGACAUAUGGGUGAUGAAGGAAUGUGGUUUGGUAUAG